GAUGAGGUCAUCCGGGUUCUUCAUAAUCUGCAUUCUCCAUUCAAGUAUAGCUCUAACAUGUGGUGCUCUGAUAAUGUUCUAUCUGAAUGAAAUCUCAGUGUUUGGUCAUGGCAUUGAAACAGCUAGGAAGCUGUUGGGAUCGACGCCACACGAUCAGUUGCUGAUACAAAUCUCGGAUUCAUUCGUGGGUUUGCUUCUAUUUGUAAUUGGGUUUCUGCUGUUUAUGGUGGCUUUUGUUAACGACAUUGAGUUUCAGAUCUUUUUCGCGAAAGGAUGUGUCCUCCUCCAUGUUUCAAUGGCACUGUGGAGGGUUUUCUUUGAGAGGAGGCUUGAAGAUUUGGCUCAUGAUUGGCCAAGGCAAUUUGUUGGUGAUUUCAUUUUGUCACUUUCUUGGGUCUUCUUUUUGGUUUAUUCUUGGAGGGAGAAAUAUGAUUAGUUUGAAUAAGAAAUGUAAUUUGAUUUCUGUAUUCUUUAAUGGAUGAAUUGGGAUUGAAAUGGUUGAGAAUUACAGGUUUCCUGAGCUGGUUAUUUUUGUUUCUGUGCUGUGAAGUAGUGCCAAUUGGAGAAGAUGAGCAGA